CAUCAUUAUCGCCUCCUUCUCCCGCUACCUCAGGGAGCGUGCGCUUGGGCCACGAUACGACUUGGCCACGACGACGUGCGCACAGAGUGACGAGCCGCGAUGACCCGGAGUACGAGAACGCAGCGCGGAGCGAUGCCGUUGCCCUCGCCUUGGCUCAUCCUCGUAUUUCUGCUGCUACAGGGUAACCCGGUGGAUGUGGCGAAGCUACCCGGCGAUUUGAACGAGGAGGACGAACUCGGCAACAAUUUCAACAAAGGAAGCAACAAUCAGGACGGCGAUCCAGAGGGGGCCUUGUCAAGCAACGAAGAAGCCCAAGGUCUUUCUAAUUACACUGCAUACGAGGAAUGGAUGGACGAUUAUCCGACCUGUAACGGAAUGCGACAGUCACCCGUCGACGUUGAGAAUGAAAAAGUUGAAACAAAGAUACUCGAUGUUCACGGAUUGCGUGGAAGCGGUUAUAAAGUUCAACCCAUAUCAAUGACAAUAACAAAUAACGGGCAUUCAGUCAUGUUAUCUGGCAAAUGGCCAAAGAACAAAACACCAACAAUUUGGGGCGGGCCUUUACCAGGCGUCUACAUGUUCACCCAGAUGCAUUUUCAUUGGGGCGCAGAUGACAGUUACGGUAGUGAACAUACUUUUGACCAAGAAAGUUUCCCACUAGAAGUACAUGUUGUACACUUUAAAACGGCGUAUGGAAAUAUGUCUAAUGCUUUAGAAUACGAUGAUGGUGUACUAGUUAUUGCAACUUUAUUAGCGAUUGGCGAACACCAAAAUGUUGCUCUUGAUAAAAUACAAGCUAAUUUUCAAGAUAUUUUGACCCCUGGUCAAUCAAAGACAUUGGAACCCUUCGCUUUGAAGUAUUUUAUAGGGGGAAUAUUCAACGGAUCCUACGUUAGCUAUUUAGGAUCACUGACUACACCACCUUGCUCCGAAGCAGUAAUUUGGUUUCUGUCAUUACGUAUCAGGAGUGUUUCUACAGAGCAGAUGGAGGCAUUUAGACAAAUAAAAUUAAACAAUGAUUUCAAAUAUAAUAAUAGAAAUACGCAGCCACUGAAUGGUCGACAAAUUAUGCAUUAUCACUACACCAGUGAAUGAAUGUGCAUAAGAUGUGUGAGAGACCAUUAGCUUUUAUUAAACAAAUCAUUACUCAUUUGAUAAUAUCAAGUUUCUUAAAACAGCAAAAAUUUUAUUACUGAACAAGAUAAAACAUUUAUUUUAAUAAAAAAAAAUAUAUUAGGUGCUAUCAGUUACAAAUUCAUUCAAGUGAAAUUUAAUGAAAAGAGAAAUAGCGGAUAAUUUAGAUAUGAAUUGUUGACAUUGAAUAAAAA